CAGACUGGCCAAAUACGAGCGCACCGUCUGUCCGAGCAGCUUUGAAAGACGUUUUGUUUUGUUUUUUUUUUGGUUGUAACUUGUCUUGGAAGUUGACAUCGCUCCUAUAGCCCGCGGUGAGAUCUGAGCGGUCAGCACGGACUGCCGCGGAUUUACGUUACGCACGAGAAUAACGGGAUCGGGCUUGCAAAAUGCCUCGUUCGUUCUUGGUCAAGAAGUAUUUUACAAACAAGAAACCCAACUACAGCGAACUGGAGAGCCAGAACGGUCCUCUCUGUGCACUUGUGCCUGAGCGAUACCCUCUCGCUGAACUUCCUACCACCACAGAUGGGUCCCUGGUCUCCACCUGCUCCCCCACCCUCCUGUGGAGCGUCGGCCUGCCCCUGUACUCGGCCCCCUCCGCACCCUCCCCCAACCGACCGCUGGACCUCAGCUCCCCGUCCAGCUCGGGCGAGGAGGACGAGGGACGCACCUCUGACCCCCCCAGUCCCGACCCGGCCGAGCGGUUCCGGUGCGGGCGGUGCGCGAAGUCGUGCAGCAGCCCUGCUGCUCUCUCGCGCCACCAGCUGAGCCACUGCGCGGCGGCCGAACCCGGACUCGGCGCCGUCGAGAACGCCCCGGCCGGCCCGGCCGGCAGGGUGCCGUUCCGCUGCAAACACUGCCCCAAAGAGUACAACAGCCUGGGGGCGCUCAAGAUGCACAUCCGCUCCCACACGCUGCCCUGCGUGUGCAACACAUGUGGAAAGGCCUUCUCCAGACCCUGGCUGUUGAGAGGACAUAUUCGCACACACACCGGUGAGCGGCCGUUCUCCUGUCCUCACUGUAACCGGGCGUUCGCUGACCGUUCUAACCUGCGUGCUCACCUGCAGACGCACUCGGAGGUGAAGAAGUACCAGUGCAACACCUGCUCACGCACCUUCAGCCGCAUGUCACUGCUCCACAAACACUCCGUCUCCGGUUGCUGCUCGUCUGCCUAGCUGCGUUCGCGCGCGCGCACACACACAGUGGGAGAUGUCAGAACCAUCUAACCAACUUUCCAUUGACUGAAGCUAUACAUAUGAGUUUGGAAGGAAGCUGUACAGCUGGAUUACACCAAAGAUGUUUUGUUUUGUUUUUAUAUAUCAGUACAGUCUUAAGUGCCUUUUGCUGCCUGCGUGCGAAUCAAAGCAGAGAUUUCCAUGUGUUUUUCUUGACUGUUUUUUCACACUGAGAGACUGUUUACAGAGAGGCAGUGUGUCUUGCCUGGACGCUUCAGAAUGUUUUCAGAUUUCAGAUCUGAUGGAGGUGGAGGCGGAGCUGCUGGUGGAGGAGGCGGAGCUGCUGGUGGAGGUGCAGCAUGUUCUGCAGUUAAUUCCCAAGAUGCCCAUCAGUACCGGCAGGUCCAGCCCUCUCCCGUGCAGCUGCAGGAGUGUGUGUGUGUGUGUGUGUGUGAGCUGGGGCGGGGGUCGUCUCUCACCAUGCUCCACACACACUUUACAGCGACGUAUUGAGACAGCUGUCCGAGUAGCGCGGUUGCGGAGGAGUGGUGCUGACAGAUGCCUCGGAGCGGGAGAGUCUUUCCACACGUGCAGCCUCUUCUCCUGGUUUCUGGCAAUGCUGCAACCUGACACCAGGCAAGGCAACGGAUCGCUGUCACACGCUGCCUAGCGACGCCACAUCGCUCUGGCCGCAGUCCCCAGCACGCCCCACUUACACGCUUGUAUUUGUAUUUCCCGCCCAGGCGUUUGGUGAUGGUCAUUGUCUGCAAUAUUUUCUUGUUUUUCUGCUACAAUAAAAAGUGAUUUUCACUCCAAUUCGUCUGUGCACUAAAGUGUUUCAAGCACGACUGUUGAAAAAGCGAAAUUGCUGGAUUUUCUCUUAGUAAACAACUACGGCGAACUCGAUUGUAUGAUUGUAGGUGACAAAACCAAAGACAUGGUGUGGAGAUGUCUUUUAAUCCGAGUAAAUGCUGGGUGCUUCAGGACGCCUGGUCCAGGGAGAGCAGGGUAAACCUUGUGAAUCAAGCCAAACAAACCUUGCGCAACUUUUCAGGACUUCUGCCAUAGUGAAAUAAAUUGGUGUGUCCAUGCGCUGUUGGCGAAGUGAGUUUGUACAGCAGUCUUCUCACAGGAAUGCUAUGCAGAAUUAUUAUUUUUGUUAUUUGGGUCCUUUGUAUCGCCAGACCUUUGUAUAGCCAACCAAAGUGUUCUUUUUCAAUAAACUAAUUUAUGUUUGUUUAAGAAAA